CGGCUAUGGUUCUUUCUAUGACGGCCCGAACUCGACGUUGUAAUUCUCUGUCAUGACGCGGCAUUACAACACCACGGCGUUUUGGGUCCCGAUCUCCUCGGCAAAGGUGCCAAUCAGGCCCCAUCGCAGUCAUCCAAAUGUGUUGAGUUCCUGUUCCAUCGAAACCGUAGGACUGUCGAAGAUUUUCCCAUUUCCUCAACAAACUGGACAAGGUCUACUUUGGAGGGUGUGAUGCCGGCUACGGCCUUUUUCACAUCCUCAUUAGUCCGGGUCCUACAGACCAAAAUAGUUUCUUUGCGGUCCUCUUGGACGUUUGGAUUUGCCACCUCAAUCGUUGGCUAUCAAUCCGCGUCUCCCUCGUCUGAGGUUCUAUUCGUUAAUUUCGGGAAUGGGAGACAACGUUCCUCCCGUAGUUUGAGACCAAUUCGUUUGUGACCCUCCUGAUCGUAAAACUCGUUGAGGUUCUGACUCGUGAGUUGGAGGAAGUUCAUGAGGUGGCAAAAGCGGGUAGAAGGGCGCCGAUGCUUUCGUUCCCUCAUUCUGUGCCGCAGUUUAGCAACAAUUUAGCCACUGAUAACCGUUAGCUGUAUUGCUAAUGUUAGCUAGCGUACUGUCGACUUUCUGGACGGCCCUCGGCCACAUUUCUCGAUCAUCUUCGUACGACCUGAGAAUUACAUUGCCGAAUAAAACGAAGCGCUCGGAACCAGGACGGCUUCGAUACAGAAUUAGCAUCACGGGGAAGCACAAAUCCUCAACAACUUGUCGGUUUUCCUGCGAGAGCUUGAUUAUGUACAAAUGCUACUUUUAAAGCUAGCCACUCUUUUCUACGAUGUGUUGUCAAACAAAAAAUAAUGACUGAUAAAGACAAUUUUCCUCUCUAUAAUCUUCGGGUUUAUUUCAAUAUUAAGUUUGCUCCCCCCCCCCCCCCCCAACAAGUCAGGCAGCGCACACGCAAAUAUCGUCAUCGCAAGCAAAAAAACAUUUCCUUUGCGAGUCCUAACGUUCCUUUUUUUAAUAUCUCCGAAAGUCGUCUUUUUUGCUUGCUUGCGACCGACCGACCGAACAAGUUGGAUUUGCUCGUCUUGUCUUUUGUCGGCCAUUUCACAUUUUCGGGCGGCCAACCGUUCGCGCGGCCCCGCCCGCCCGCCCGCCUUUGGAGUUGACGUUUGCCACGCGCGCGGGCACGCGCAGGGGGUGUCAUGACGACGGGAGGGCGGAAGCCAGCUCGAGCCUCCCCGACUGACGACCACUUCACGGACCCUCGGAUGUGCCCGCCGCCCGGCCGGAUGAAAAAGGGCAACGCCGUCAACGGGAAACGAUGCCUGUUCUUCAUGGCCUCCUCGGUCAUCGUCUUCGUCUUCUGGGCGAGCGCGAGGGGGAGAGGCGGCGCGCUCUCGGGGCCGACGGCCGCGUGUCCCUCGCGAGUAAGCCGGGAGACCAUCACCCGUCUGAACGGCAGCGAGCACCUGCUGGUGUCGGCCUACGCGGACCGGAGGCUGUUCGGGAAGGACGUCCGCAUCAUCGGCAUCUUCAAGCGGGACUCGCCGCGGCGGCUGCGUUGCGUCUUCUGCUGCCGAAGCCCCCGGUACGGGAGGAGCCCGGCGACGGUUCUUCAGCAUCCCGACGACUUCGGCUUCCCCUACGUCACCGCCGACGUCCUGUGUCGGACGCCGCCGGGCUGCCGAGGGUCGCACGUGGCCCUGGUGCCGUCCGAAAGUCGCGCCGAGGCGGAGAACCUGACGUGGCUGGCCGUAAGGAACCGGGAGGAGGCGGGACGGGAAGAGAGCCGGCUGCCGUUCAACUUGACGGUUUGCAUCUCCAACCUGUUCGGAAAGCUCAACAAUGUCCUCCAGGCGGCGCAGACUCUGGAGAUGUACAGGUUGCUGGGCGUGGACAAGGUGGUGAUCUACAACACCAGCAGCGGCCCGGAGCUCGAGCGCCUGUUGCGCGGUUACGCCCGGGAAGGCUUCCUGGAGAUCGUCCCUUGGCCCAUCCACAGGCAUCUGACGCCCUCCGCCGGCUGGCGCUUCUCCGAGAGCGGCGGCGACCUGCACUACUUCGGUCAGCUGACCACGCUGAACGAGUGCGUCUACAGGUCCAUGGAGCGCUCACGCUACGUCCUGCUCAACGACCUGGACGAGAUCGUCGUGCCCUACCGCCACGACGAUCUGCCGUCUCUGAUGAGCGAGCUCCGACGACGCCAUCCCGAGACCGGCGAGUUCCGCAUCGAAAACCACAUUUUCCCCGAGACGUGGGCGGAGCCCGGCGGGAGGUUCCGUCUGCCCCGCUGGGAAGGCGUGCCCGGAUUGAAUAUCCUGCGGCACAUCUACAGGGAGGAGCCGGACGCCGCCGUUUAUCACCCGUACAAGAUGAUCGUUCGCCCGAGGUUGGUGGAGCAGACGUCUGUGCACGAAGUGCUGCGGCAAUUCGGGAAAAGCUACAAAGUUCCGCGGGAAGUGUGCCGGAUCGUUCACGUGCGCGCCCCCCUGCGGGCCUCGCUGACGCUGGAGCAGCUCCACGUGGACACCAGACUGUGGGACUUCCAUCAAAAACUCAUCCCCAACGUCGACCGAGCUUUAAAGCGAGCGGGACUGCUUCCGACGUAACGUGGGAGUAAAGAUCGUUUGUCAUCUCGCGAACUGUAAUACGCCCCCCCAAAAAAAAAAAAAAAAAAAUAUCCCGAGAGCGGCCCAAAAAGGAAAGCGCAACGUAGCGGGGCUCGGCGCCGUCCUUACUUCUCACCGUCGUCGACGGUCUUCCGAGUGUACCGAAGUAGCGACCGACGAAUUUCCUCGCGGCUCACGUGAACGGCAGAAAUCUACAGCCGCCAGAGACCGCGACGACGCACUCGUGGGAACUUUCAAUGUCUCCCAUGUCUUUUUGGAACACAAGAUGUCACCACAGAGCCACCAAAGAUGACAACUUUCCACGAUCACCGAUCAUAUUGUGCAACUUCAAUAAAUGAUAUACACGCACCGAACUUUCACACACAAACCACAUUCGAGCAUGUUCGGCUUCCAUCCGUGAUGUCAUCAGCCAAUAGUGACGCUCGUUGUCGCGGCACAGACGGGAAGU